AUGCCAAAAACUAAGUCUAAUUUGGGUUCAUCCAUAACUCGAUGGGUUGAGCCUUACAAUCGCGACAAAACUGUGUUUACCACUAGUGGAUUAGUAGUUUAUUGUCAAGUUUGUGAUCGUCAGGUGCGUUGUAACAAAAAAUUUCAAAUAACGCAACAUGUAACUACCGAGUUUCAUUUGAAAUGUUUGAAAAAAAGUUCUAACAACAGUAAACAAAUGUUGUUGGGAGAUGAAACCAAACCAAAAACAUCAAGUUUUAAUGAAGAUCUGUGUUUGAGCCUCGUAGCUGUAAAUAUACCUUGGUUUAAACUACAAAAUCCAGUCUUCCGCGNGGGGACUCGUAUAUAUAUUUAGUCGUUGAUGAAACUACAGAUAUCAAUGGUAGUUAUAUUGCAAACCUUUUAGUUGGUGUGUUAAAUGAACAAAAUGCUAGCAAACCAUUUUUAAUUUCAUGUAAAAAAUUAGAUAAAACUAAUCAUUCGACGAUUUCUCGCUUUGUAAAUGACAGCCUAAGAAUAUUGUGGCCUCAUGGUGGGAAUGAUGAAAAAGUAUUACUUUUAUGUUCCGAUGCAGCGCCAUAUAUGAUCAAAGCUGGUAAAACACUAAACGUAUUUUUUCCUAAUAUGAUACACAUUUCAUGUCUUGCUCACAUGAUCCAACGUCUAGCAGAAAAAGUUAGAGAAAUGUACCCCAAUGUAAAUACUUUGGUAAGUAAUUUAAAAAAAGUAUUUCUUAAAGCACCUCAGAAAGUAGAUGUAUACAAAGAAAUAAUGCCCAGUGUGCCCUUGCCGCCAGAAUCAGUACUAACCAGAUGGGGGACAUGGGUUGAAGCAGCUAAUUUUUGUGCAGAUCAUUUUGAUAAUCUUAAAAUAAUUUUACAAAAACUAGAAGAUAAAAAUGUUGUUAGUAUACAAAAAUGUAUUAAUAUGCUAAGUCUGGAAUCUGUUAAAAGUGACCUUACAUUUAUUCAAUCUCAUUUUUUUAUACUAGUAAAAAGUAUAAAAAAUUUGGAACAUUCUAGUUUAACUUUGUCUGAUUCUACUCAAAUUGUAAAUAAUGUUAUUUUGGCGAUGGAAAAAGUACCAGGACAAAAAGGAAAAAUAAUUCAAGAAAAAUUGUUUUAUUUAAUUGAAAAAAAUGUUGGAAUCCAAACCGCGAAGCAGAUAACAGCAAUUUUGUCAGGUAAAGAAAACAGUAUCAUGCCACCAAACUUAACUCCUUCUAUGUGUUCAUGUAUGAAGUUUGCACUUAUAACUUCGGUGGAUGUUGAAAGGUCGUUAAGUAUGUAUAAAUCAAUUAUAACUGAAAAAAGAACUUCAAUGACAUCAGAAAAUAUGGAAAAAUAUAUUAUUGUCCACUGUUAUGAAAAUUAUUAAAAGAACAUAUUUUAAUAUUUUAAUUAUAUUGUUCUGAAGUUUUAAAAUGUAUACCUAUUAUUAUUUAUUAAUUUUUAGAAAUGUUAUUUUAAAAUAUUUGAAUUUUUUUUUUAAGUUUUCUAUUAUUUUUUAGAGUAAUUUCAAUUGAUUUAUUAUAUAGCAGUGGAUAUUUUCAUUUUUUUUUUUUGUUUUUGAUAAAAUAUACAGAAUUUUCUUUGGUGUAAAAAUGUGUUGUUUUUUUUUAAAAUAAACUCAUUUUAUAAAGUUUAACAUAAUGCAUAUAAUUGCAUAUUUAGUCACUUUUCCUUUGCAUAUUUGCAUCAUAUUUGACACUUUUUAAAUGAAUAUAAAUCCGGGCUCUAGUAAUAAGUAAUAAUAAUUCUUUUGUUUAUAAUAUUAUUAUAUUAUUGAAAUAUAUUUUAUAAUUGUCAUUUUUUUUUUUAAACGUUUUCAUUUUCGUCAAAGAUUUUAGUCUGACACUUGGUUAUUAUAUUUUCUACACUAUAAAUCAUUCUAGUACUUUAAGAAAAUUGUAUAAUGUAUUUCAUUACUUCUUAUUUAUGAUCGCUAUGGCCAACUUUAUACCUAAACUCAAUGUCUUCAAAAAUUACUCCAUUUAUUACAACCUAUACAUUAAAAAUUAUAUUUAUGAUAGUUAUAUAUAGGAAAUAAUUCAUUAUUGAAAAUUAUGAAGUACUAAUAAUCUUCUAAAAUAUUUGUAUUUAUCUGAUUUAUUUUUUUUUGAACAUUGUUUAUGGCUGUUUCUGAGCUAUAAUCAAGUUUUAUUAGUGUAUUAUUCGAUGUGAAGAAGUGUCCUUUACUUCUGAUGUUAACAAAUUAGUUCUAAAAAUAAAAAACGUUUAAAAAAAUUAUUAUUAUUACUUAUUACUAAAAGUAAUUAUGAUAACUACCUCAUAAUAAUAAUCAUAUCAAAAUAUAAAUUUGUUCAAGCAAUAGUUAUCUUUUGGCGUAUACCAGGUAGGUAGGUACUAAUAUUAUUUAUGAAUAAUUUUAUACAAAACUAUUUUAUACCGUUUUAUUAUGUGUUUAUGUGUAUAAAUAAAUAUAGCAUUAUUUAUAUUUUAGAGUUAACAAAAAAAAAUGGAAAAUUUCCAUAAUUUUAGUAAUUUUCCUAUUAAAAUACAUACAAAUAAUACAAUUUCUGGUCCUCUAGGAAUGCUCACUACAUUAAUGUUUUCAAUCAACUGAUAAGCCUAGUGUUUAUACCCUAUUAAUAUACCUUUUCUACUGUUAUACUAGUUAUCAUAUAAAACUUUAAUAAUUUGUCUAUAUUAAUAUGUUUGUUAUAAGUAAUUAUAACAAAGGCCAAUUAAGAAAUAAUCGUGGGUUAUAAUUGGUCACCAUUGGUCUAACCAAUAAAAAAAUAUUAUACACGAAUACAUAUACGUUUCGAUUAGGUUUCGUUCAAUGCGUAUUAUUAAUCUAGUGUCAGUUUGCGUAUAAAUAUUACCCUUUAUCAAACAUUUACAAUUCGUUAUUUCAAAAUGAAAAAAUGUUUAAAAAAAUCGAAAAUAUUUCAAACGACAAAUAUUAUAGACGAAACAUAUUUUAUACGAACCGUAAGUAAGCAGACACAUGUUUCCUCCGAACAGUAUUUUAGCCGGUAGUUUUUAAGCAGACUGUAUUUUAGUAGACUCCUAUUUUAUCCAAACUGUUUUUUAGUUGACAAAUCCCCCUCCACUACAACCAAUACUCUGCUAUACCUCAUCACCCGUCCAUACAUCCAAUUACCAACGCUACCGUACCGGUUGUGUUGUAGCAUUGGUUGUAGGGGAGGGGAUUUGUCGGCUGAAAUACGAUUCGGAUAAAAUGUGUUUCAGAUUAUUUAUUUGUCGGCUUAAAUAUUGUUGAAUUAAAAUAUUGUCCGCUAAAAUACUAUUGGCUAUAAUAUUUUUGUCUAAAAUGUAGUCACUCAUUUAAAAAUAUCUAAAAGGUAAGACAUCACUACUAGAAUAGUCAUUUAGACAAAAAAAAAAAUAAAUAAAAGACCCAAAAAUUUAAAAAGUAUACAAGGAUAAUUAAGUACAAUAUAACAGUGAAGUAAUUAUUGGAGGAGUAUCUGGGUGUCAUAUCUCCCUCGACUACUACUCGUGAACACACGUUCUCUAUUUUAAAUAGGAUCAAAACCUAUUUGUGAAAUAGGAUGUCAAAGGUAUACAGUGUGAUUCACUAAGUAAGCUCACGCCAUUUUUAUGGUUAAAUUUAGCGUAUAUUAAAAUUAUAUAUUUUCACAUAAUUAGAUUUUUCACAACAUUUAAGGAACAUCCUGUGGCAAACCUUUGGUUUUUAAAAACGGAACCCAUAUUAAAAAUUCUAUCAAUAUCUGGAGUAUUAGUUAAAAUAAAUAUUGGUGCUAAAAUUUUUGAUUUCCGUCAAAAUAAAAUAGAUACAAUAUUAAACAAAUAUAAUUAAUGAAAAUGUUUAAUGCAUAUGCAAUUAUUUUCCUAUAAUAUAACAUAUAUAUUAUUGAUAAAACAAAAUUUUCAAAAAAACGCCUCUUAUAAUCUCGUUUUCGUUAGCAAUGGUUAAUAGUUGCUUACAGAUGUGCAUUGAAUUCCCAUCUGUACCUUACCUUCCCAAUUUAAUGGUAAAAUGUUGAUAUUUCAUGUUUAUAAACAAAAAAUUAUACAUUAGCCAAAAAGCAUGGUUAAUGCCGACAUUAUCCAAAUGUAAUAUUACCCAUAACAUAACUUAUAUAUCAACUUACUCUACCGUAAUAAUUUGGCGUUGAUACUAUUUAAAUUAUUUUACACUUUUUUCACAGACAAUAUUAAUGAAAAAAUGUAAAGGAAUACACAAUUCACAAAUGAAUUUAAUGUUAUAAUAUUUUAUAUAUUGUGCCGGGUACAAAUUUGUAUGCACGAGGUUAAUUUUCAUUCUAAUUCACGUUUUGGAUAAAUAUUCAACCACACCUAUAAACCUUUAAUUUAAGUUCAUACAGGCAUAAAAAUAUAAAUGUUUCUUUUUUUUUUUUAAUUCGUCAAUAUCACUAUCGUUAUAUUGUGAUAUAACGUGUAUUUUAGAAAAUUUUUUAAAAACAAAAAAUGCCAGAAUAAUUUAGUCUAAAAAUAUUGUAAACACAUUUUUAUGAUUUAUAAUAGGUAUCUGUUUGUGCAGCUUGUUACACACUAAUAAAAAAAAUAAUUAUCCUGUUAUAUUUAUAUAUUUUUCACCAGUAGUUUAUAAACUUAUUUAAAUUUAUAAAUCAAAUAGACAUUAUUGGUGAAAUUUUAAAUCUAGUCGGCUCAUAAAAAAGUUUAUUCUUUUAUUUCUAGAAUAAGAAAACCAGAAAAAAUAUUAAGUUAUUAUGAAUCAGAGAAAUUUAGUUAUUGAAGUGUACCAAAUUACAAACUAUAAGAAGGUAUUUCAAAAUCCCAUACUUGAAAAAAUUUAAACAAAUAUAUAAACUAAGUGUAAAAUUCUUGAUUUGAGAUUCAUAUGUGCAGGCCGGACUAUAUAUGUGAUAAUCCAGUCAGUGGUUUUAAAACUUCGGGCCAUCUUCUACCAAAAAUAUAUAAAUAUAAUAAAGUCAUUUUUUUUUAACAAAAUACUAUUAUCUUUUCUUACCAGUUUCCACAGUAAAUGUUGAUUAUUUAUUACAUUACACUAGCCUGAUAAUAAUAAAAGGCUGAGUACAAAUGUUAGUAAUUUUACUAUGCCAUAGCCUCGAACACGACCGUGUUAAACACUUCAAGAACUCUACAAAUACGAAUUUGAAUACCUGGUAUGCAGUCAGAAAAACAAAAUUUAAAACUACAUCAUAGCAAAAAUAUUUAAUGUGUAUAUAUAAAUAUUUGUGUUGGUAUAAUGAUUUGGUGUCCUGGUACUUCUGGUACCAAUCUUCGAUUUUUUAAUGAAUUCGAGCCUUUUUUAUCCUGAAAGCAUGAUCCGAUCAAAGACUUUAUAAGAAGAAUUUUGUAGGAUUCAUCAUUUUCUGGAUUUUAUAUUAGUGAUUAAGGUAAAAAAUUCAUGAAUCCAAUUAAAAUAAAGGUUACAUACCUGUGGUUUAUGAGAAUACACGCGGCUUUUCUUUCAUUUUUUGUUCAAUAGGUUUUAAAUUUGCGGUUAUCCUUCGGAUUUAUCGAGGGCUAAAGAAUUUGAAAAGUGACCUUAUUAUCGAUUCAAGGAAAACUUUCCACCUAUAACAGUGGCGCACCUCUCAGCGUUAUCAGCAUUUUCUUUUUUUGUCAAUUUUCUGCUGAAUAAAGAUUAUUGCACUAUUUCUUGUACCCAUAUUUUUGUUAAAUUUUGCAUGUAUUCAAAUUCUGAUUUUUGAAAUUUUUAAAUGUAGUUAAGGCUAUUAUUUUCCAAUAUUUAGAUUUUUCAUAACAGUGUAUCAUAUAGUUACUUUGAUUUUUCAAAUAAGAACUUAUAUUGAAAUAUCAAAAAAUAGGUGGAUAUCCUGGUAAAUAUUUAAUUACUAACAGCUACCCGUUAACUUGAAUCCAAAUUACCGUUUGUAAUUUUUCACCGAUAUUUAUUUUUUAAUUAUUUUAUACUUCAAAAUGUUGACUCACAUAACCAAGUCGAGUCUAAAAAUGAAGCUAUAUGCGAAGAACAGUUCGUAGAUUUGGGUUUUUUUAGGUACUUGCAUGUGUCGACAAUGGUAAAUAUCGCGAUCGACUAUAUUCCUAGAAAAGUCAACCAGUCGAUCGCGAUCCCUGAUUAAAAUCAUUUUUGGUAUUGACAUUUUUAAUUUCUGUUAAACGUUGAGAAGAAAUUUCACUUUUAAUAAUGGUAGGUGAAGAGUAGUGGUACGUUCAUAAGACAUCACGUGCCUUACUGCCACACAAAUGUUACAGUUAUUAUUCCCAUAUUUUAUUUUUAACUUUAGUACUUUUAUUUGGUACUCUUUUGAAUCCGGUCAGUGAUCCUACAUUGGUUUAUUUAAAAAAAGACAGAUCUGCAUUUCAAUGCGGGUUUGUUCAUUUUUUAAAAAGUUUCUUGCGAUUAUUGUUUUGCACAACGCUACUAAAUACGAAAUUUUAAAGAAGGUUUACUAUUAGAUUAUUUAAACUGCCUUAUGUAAAAUAAUAUGACGUAAGCAUAUGUUUUUUUUCUAUAUUGGUUUUCAUAUUUUUGUAUUUGCCCGAGAGAUAAAGUACGAAAUUGUAUUUCACUUUAACUCAUCGCUUUUUACAUACUAUUUUUUCUCAAUAAAUAAAUUGGUUUUACAAUCGAAAUUAUUUUGUUAUAAUACACAUUAGUAUAAAUAGUAAGUAAGUGACCCUGCGCAGAGGGUAUGAGUUUAGGAGUGUUAUCCCCCCUAUUGGCUUAUGAAUACAAGCAUUCAGUAUUCAAUUAGUAAUUAUAAUAUUAUAAUAUAUAUUAAACCAAGUCAUAACGAAAUAAGCUGAAUUUAUUAAAUAUAAGUUGGAUUUGUUUAGAUCUGAAUUUUAAAGUGUCUUAUUAAAAUGAUUUAUGUAUGAAUCAUGAUUAUUACAUAAUACAUCCCCUCUCAUUGAAAAUUUUUUGGCACGCCACUGUUGUAAGUAAAUACACAUUUUGUAAAACAUAUAUAAUAUGUAUUAUAUGCGCCACUUUAAAAUAUAAGGAAUACAAAUAAAUCAAUAAUCUUCAAUUGUAUUGAUCUUAGAGACACAAAUUAGUUAGCUAACAAGAAUAUUCUUACAGUGGCAAAAAAAAUAUGCUAUCAUGCUAUAAACUGUAAUGCUCGAAUCGGUUUUUCAUAACUCUAAGAAUCAUAACUUAUAUAGGUAAGGAAUAAUAGGUUUUAAUAGGUUUAUGGUAUUAUUAUUAUUCAUUUUAUUAUCAAUACUAUUAUAAAACUUCGUAUGCGUUUUUUAAAAAUAAAUCGUAAAAAUAAAAAUAAGAAGAUAAAAAUUACGAAGAAGUAAAAUUAGCUCUGACACCAUUGAUGACAUUUUACCUUGCAAAAUUCUCUGUGGUAAAAUUCAUCUGUGAUAUUGGGAAAAACUAGCCAGAACGGCUUAUUUAUUAAGGUACAUUGUAGAGAAAGAUACAACUAGAGUUAGAUCGGUCUAGCUGGAUUGCGCUGGAAGUAUGUAAUAAUUAUAAUAUAUGUAUAAUAUAAAAGUUACUCUACGAGAAAAAAAAUCUACAGUAUACAGGCAUCUUAAAAGUACUCCGAAAAAGUCAUAUCUGCUCAAAGGUAUUUAAAACGUAAAACCUUAAAACUGAAAUAAAACUUCACAUAAUAUCGUCCGGAAAAAUUGCUUUUACACGUAGCCUAAUAUACCAAACGUGCUUAUAAAUUUCAAAUAGUUGACAAAAUAACUAAGAGGUUAUUUGUUUUCCAUUAUUGAUUUCGUUAAAUUAUAAUAUCAAGACUCGUGCUGACCGGAGACGUAAUAAUGACGAAAACAAUUAAGCACCGUAAUGAGCUAGAAUAAUAAUAAUGAUUACGUAAAGACGUAUAAAAUUCCCAAUUUCGAUGCAAAAAUAUAUUGUAAAUUUAGCUUAAGUACGUCAUAUUUUUAUUAUCGUUUAUGGGAGCAAUAAUAUUUUAGAAAAUUUAAUUUUUAAUUGUAAAAGCCAUCGUCUUGGGUUUUUUUCUUUAAUGAAUCCACGAGGAAACACGAUACUUAUGCAAUCGUCGCACAGUGUUUAAAAAAUAAAAAUAGUUGACCAAAAUUUUAAUUAUUUGGAUAAAACUAGUUUAUAAAAGUUUAUAACAAAGAAAUAAAAUCGUAUUUCCACGCUUAACUCUUAUUUAUUGAAUUAUGUAUAAAAUUAUAAACGAAUACUAUUCAUUAAGCUUAAAUAAAUAAAUAAAAAAAAAACCUUAUGUAUUUAGGGGGAGGAGGAACCAUUAUUCCAAAUUUUUAAUUUCAUACGUUUCAUGGGUUUUGAGGAAUAAGUGAUCGGUGUCAGUUUUAUUUAACGUUUUUGCAUAUAUAGAAGCUAAAUAUAACUCAAUUAUAUUCAUAAUACAUUUAUAAAAUAACAGUAUAAAUAUGUAUACAGGUACAUUUAUUAUUAUUUUUUUAAUUAUAAUUUAACAUAUUCCAUAAUUCAUCAUAGCCAUUAUUAUUAAGAUUUGAGAAAUGAACGAUAUCAUUACAUUGACAAUGCUCGAGUUUUAUCAUAGCAAUGGCACUGAUAAAUAAAAUACGUAACAACACUCAAAUCAUGUAAUUCGUCAUUUAUGUCGACUGUUUUUAUACUUUACCUUAUGGCUUAUCUAUAUAAUGCAUUACAAAUUAACUAAUUUAUAUUGGGUUCAUUCAUUGACUUUCAGUAAAAAUACUGUAAAAAAUAAUACUCAAAUACUUAUUGUAUCAAAAUGUAUGCAGUUAUUUAUAUGAAAACAUAAGAGUAAUCUAUAAUAUCAAUAAUUGGUCAUGAAAAUAAACAGUAAAUUAUUCAAUAAAAUCGAAUACAAAAAAAAAAAAAAAAGACGUCCCAGGAUAAUGGAGACGGGUACAGCUACUGUUAUAGAUAAUUUAAUGUAUAGCCACAAGAAGCCAUUGCUUACGAAAAAACAAUUUUGAACAGAGUUCAAUUGAUAGUGAUGCUUUAUUUGGAUACAUCCGGACAAUUCCAAGUUAUUUUAAGUCAUAUAAGCAACUCAAUCUUAUAUCUAGUCUUAUAAACGACGUCCACAGUAUAAUAUACUGUAAUACAUUGGAUAUUUAAUAUUUGUAAAUUAAACGAUCAAGUUGACGUAGUAAUUACAAUUACCAAUUCCAUUACAAAUAACAUCUAUUAAACGGUGUUGCCACUUAAUGCGCCACGCGUUAAACUACAUUAUUAAUCACCGGUAUCGCCCACAUAGAGGCGUUCUACUAUAAACUACUAAGGCUGUUAAGCGGGACACACUAGAGUGGGAGACCGUGGAAGGCAUAAAGGCGUCACAUGCGCCACUUUGUCUUGUGCGCUAUCAUUCUUAUUUUUAGCCUUCAUUGCUUUAUUUUUGGGAGAAUUAAUGCAGCGGUUUCUCGUUGUCUUCCGUAUUGCAGUAGCACCUCUUAUUUCUAAGGGAUGCCAUUUAAGUAUAGAUAAAUCUAUACUUGUUACAAACAAUGCCGCUGCCCAUUGCUUAGUCUAUUUUGGUCGCCUCUUACGAUGGGCAUGGUCUACCACUGAUGUAUCCUAA